AUGGGCAGAGGGACCAAGUAUAAAUUGUGGCCCAAGUCCACGUAUUCUUCACGUGAAUGCCCUGACAAUCAAAUGUCGUCAGUGCUACUUACUGGAGCUUCGGGCUUUAUUGCAGUCCAUAUUCUGGACCAACUGCUCGUAAAAGGGUUCAAGGUCAUUGGAACUGUUAGAUCCGACUCGAAGGCCAAAUUUCUACUUGACAAAUUUGCCAACCCCAAUCUGAGCUUCGAAAUAGUCCCUGAGAUUUCGAAACCAGAUGCUUUCGACUACGCUUUGAAAAAACACCCUGAGAUCGAAUUUGUUAUCCACGCCGCGGCGGUUAUACCAAGACCAACCAGCAAAGAAGAUUUCCACAAGGUGUAUGUGGAGACUACGGUGGAAGGCACAAUGAACAUUCUGAAGUCGGUUAAGCUUCACGCUCCUAAUGUAAAGCAUUUUGUGUUUACCUCUUCAAUUGCUGCAGUAAUUGAGUUUCAGAAAUUUGGUGGUCCAGAGUUUCAUUUGACUGAAGAAUCUUGGAAUAAAUUACCUUGGGAAGCAGUUGGUGAUAAUCCAUCAUUGGCUUACUCCUACUCCAAGGCUGAAGCAGAACGCUCUGCAAGGGCCUUCAUGAAGGACGAAGAUGUGAAGUUCACCUUCUCGUCUAUUUGUCCCUGCUAUGUCUUUGGGCCCCAAAAGUUUGUGGAGCUCGAAGCCAACACAUCAACCAAUUCCGAGAUGGUGUUAAGCCUUUUGGACCUUCCUGCUGAUACUCCGGGACCUUUCAACCAACAUUUUGGUUUCUUUAUUGAUGUCAGAGAUGUUGCCAAAGCUCAUGUCUUGUGUGUGACUGACUAUACCAAGUUCAGCGAUGCAAGACUAGUAUUUGCUGUAGAAAGAUACAGUACUCAAAGCAUCCUGGAUAUCAUCAACGAUAAAUUUCCUGAGUUCAGAGGAAAAAUACCCGUUGGAAACUCAGCAGAUCAUGACGCUUUUAUAGCGCAUGCCCCGUUCACUGUAAAUUUCGCAAAGACAGUGGAAUCUACCGGGAUUGACUUCAUUCCCCUUGAGAAGAGCAUUGACGAUGCGGUUAAAAGUGCUCUCAAAUAUCGUUCUCUCAAAAAUGAAUAG